CGAUUGAUCAAAAGAAGUUAGCAUAGAAAAAUGUCCCCUCUUUUAUCAAUCUUGUUUGUUACAUUAGCAUUCUCCCUCCAUUGUGUUAUAAUUUCGGCCUCAGACCCCGACCCAGUUCAGGAUUUUUGCAUACCAAACGCAAGAUACGGUUCAAUAAGAAUUGCCCACCUUGCUAUUCUCCCAUGCAAGAAUUCAUCCGAGGCCACCGUCGAUGAUUUUGUGUUUUCAGGCAUGCAGAGCGCCGGCAACUUCUCAGACACAGGCCUGGCAGCCAUACCAGUGAACCCAACAAUCUUUCCUGGCAUUAACACUCUAGGCAUGUCAUUUAUACGAGCUGACCUUAAAGUUGGUGGGAUUAAUCCACCACAUUUCCACCCAAGAGCCACUGAAAUUUCUUAUGUGGUGCGAGGAAGCGUGUAUUCAGGCUUUGUGGAUUCGGGCAACCGGGUGUUUGCUAGAACAAUCGAGGAAGGAGAGGUCAUGGUGUUCCCCAGAGGUCUAGUGCACUUCCAAAUGAAUGUAGGUGAUAAGCCGGCAACCAUAUUUGGUAGUUUCAAUAGCCAAAAUCCCGGGUCACAAAAAAUCCCAGCUGCCAUUUUUGGAUCUGGAAUCAAUGAGGAGCUCUUAGAGAAGACUUUUGGAUUGAGUCCUAAGCAAAUUGGGAGGAUGAGGAGAAAAUUUGAUCCCAGGGUGUGAGGUAGACGGUGAAAAUAAUGCAUUGAAUUUUUCACGUACUAUUUUUUGCUUUAGUUGGUAUUGGACCUAUUGGUUGUUGACUGUUGAAGGGUUAUAUGGUCUUUUAAAUGGAUUAAACGUCUUCAUC